AUGCAUCCUCUAUCAACCUACUUCAUAACAGCCCUCCUCCUCCUCCUCACCACAAGCCAUCUUCCCACCAUCUUCACCCACGCUCAAUCCGACACUCAACUAGACGACGCUCCAGUCGGCGAAUGCACGACGGCCUGCAUGACCACGCACCCCACGAUCUCGCACUGCACGGGCGACGAAACCACGACGCUGGCCCUCGAGAGAUGCCGCUGCGCCAGCUACAAAGUCAGCAACGACCCGCAAGUCGGCUGCGUCCAGCAAUGUCCGUGGGAAGAGCAGCAGGCCUACGCGCGCAGCCUGCCCGCGCUGUGUGGCACGACCUUGUUCCUCUGGAUCGACAUGAAGACCGGCCCGCGGCCGGGCAGGGAGAACACCCUCGCCGCGGCGGGACUUCCUGAGAUGGCCGUGGCGAAUACGCGCGGGUCAGUGACUUCUGAUGCCGCUGGUGUUGUUGUCCGUCGAACAGAUCGUCUGGGCACGGUUGGGUAUCUCGCUGUUGGUCUUAUGGUGGUGGUUGGAGGUAUGGCUAUGGCUGAUUAA